AUGUCGGCAACCGCCACAACCGCAUUCAAAUCACCACCGCAUACCCACACACAUUCCCAUUCCCACUCCAAAUCGCAAUCUCACUCCCAUUCUCAUUCCCACUCCCGAUCCUCAUGCGUCUCCACCACCCCUCGAGCACAACCCAGUGUAGCCUCAGCUGGUCAGUCAAUGCCACCACCUCUCCCGACACCCGGGAUCAAUCCAUUCUCUACUCAACAAUCAAAAGAUCCAAAGAGUCCUAGCCCAAGCUAUUUUGGCUUUGUCGUUGGGACCGAAGAUUCUAUACCUCCAGACUCCAACCCAGGCAACCAUGCCCGACAAAACUGGAGCUUUCCAAACAACGCAUCUCACACCCCUUUAACCAACUCUCGGUAUGUUGCCGUCGAGUCGAACCCCGAGUUCGAAGCCUUCAGGAGACAGUCCGAGCACAACCACACUUUUACACUAAAUUCGUCCACGUCGUCACUGGCCAGACCCGCUCAGUCACGGACUCCAUCAACAAGCUCAAAUAUCAAUUCGCCUGUGUCGCCGUUGAGCAAGCGCCCUAUGCUGGAGAGGAGUAAACCGACCAAGGAUGGAUCCCUUCUGCAAGGCAAUAAAAUGGGCGAAGCAUCCUUCUUCGACAUUCCGAGGCGGCUGUCGCCAGCCGGGAUAAGUCAUCCACAUAGCGUGGCAGACCAUCAGCAUGCAAGGCUGUCAUUGCCCAUGAGCGGCACACUAACCCCGCCUUCCUUAAAUCUUAACAGACAAACAACCAGGGCUGAUACAUUGCCCCCUUCGAACGAAAGAGAUUCGUCACCUAUCGUCUCGCCCACACGGAUACUUGAGCUUUUAAGGAACAAUGCCGAUGAUACUCUGGUGCUUGACCUCCGGGUUUAUCAACAAUUUGCUGCGGCUAGAGUCCAGGGAGCCCUUAAUUUGUGUAUACCAACAACCUUGUUGAAGCGUCCUGCCUACAAUGUGCAGAGACUUGCCGACACAUUUUCCUCGGACUAUGAUCGAGAGAUUUUUUCAAAGUGGGAACAUUGUAGCCAUAUCGUUGUCUAUGAUGCCAAUUCAAGCCUGGCCAAAGAAGCAGUUACCCCGUUAAAUGUCCUCAAAAAAUUCACUACUGAGGGGUGGAAGGGAACCGGCUUGGUCAUUAAGGGUGGGUUUUUGGCCUUCUCGAAGUUGGCCCCUGAAUUUGUUGAUUCCGGGCCGGUACAGUCGGGAAAAGGCUCUUCUACACAACCACUGUCGAUUUCUGCGUCCGGCAAAGAUACAUUGGCUGUCGCUGGUGGCUGUGCUAUGCCUGCAGAAAAAUCGGCUGCCAAUCCAUUCUUCAGCAAUAUUCGGCAAAAUACGGAUCUCCUGGAUGGCGUUGGGCAAAUGCCUAUCAAAAAGCCGAAUGGCAUGAGUCAAUCAGCGGAGGGCCACCUGCCGAAAUGGUUACAGCAGGCCUCAGCCAAGAACGAUGAGGGCAAGGCAGUCUCAGAGAAGUUUCUGAAGAUUGAGAAGCAUGAGCAGAAGCGGAUGCAAGAUGCUCUCAGCGUUCAAAUAUCGUACGGGACACCCCGACCUGAUCGGGCAACACAGAUUCAGGUUGCUGGUAUCGAAAAAGGGUCGAAAAAUCGGUACAAUAACAUCUUUCCUUACGAUCAUACUCGGGUGAAAUUGCAAGAUGUUCCCCAGGGCAGCUGUGACUACAUCAAUGCCAACCAUGUCAAAGCCCAAUUUUCGAAUCGACAAUAUAUUGCCACUCAAGCCCCAAUCCCAGCAACUUUCAAUGAUUUCUGGAGAGUUGUUUGGGAGCAGGAUGUACGUGUUGUAGUGAUGUUGACGGCAGAGUCGGAGGGAGGGCAAGUCAAGAGCCACAAAUACUGGACACCUGGCGAGUAUGGUCCAUUCAAGCUCAAGGAACUUUCAGAGCGGCAGGUCAGUUUGGAACCCAAAAAAGCCUCAAGCAAGGCACAACAUGCAAGUGCAAAUGCCAGUGCGAGACCAUCCUUGGGCGCGCGAAGGUCUACGACGGCUAGCGUAUCAAUUGGGCAAGGACCAAGCGACGUCAAAUCAGCUACCUCGAAGCCCUCGAAUAUUACCAUUCGACAUCUUGCACUCAGUCAUUCCAGCUAUCCUUUCCAGCCAAUGCGUGAAAUCGCCCAAAUUCAAUAUGCUGAUUGGCCGGACUUUGGAGCACCCGCAAGCCCGUCGGAGCUUUUGGCACUAAUCGAGCAAGUCAACAAAUGCAUUCGAGCAUCGAGUCCGUCCGAGCGUUCAUCGAAUGAGAUUGCACCAGAAGGGCGACGGCCUGUCUUGGUCCAUUGCAGUGCUGGCUGUGGACGAACUGGCACAUUCUGCACGAUUGAUUCGGUGAUUGACAUGUUGAAACGUCAAAGGCUUUCACGCGGUGAUGGUGGCAACGAUAGGAUGGACAUCGAUGGGGGAGACGACUGGGUUUCUCGGGACGAUGUCGACCUUGUUGCUAAGACUGUUGAUGACUUCCGGCAUCAAAGACUCAGCAUGGUGCAAAAUUUAAAACAAUUCGUUCUUUGUUACGAGAGUGUCUUGCAGUGGUUUGUUGGUCAGGAGGGAUCAAGUCCAAGUGAAAAACUAAAGCGGCCUGGGAUCCAGGAUAGCAGACGCAGCUAUCAAGGGUAA